AUGAUGUUCCUGGUCUGCUGCUGGGGACACCUCUCAUCUUCAGCCUGCCACCUUUUAUUUAAUUAUUUAUUUAUUUAUUGUCUGUCUGUCUGUCUGUCUGUCUUGGGCAGAAACCUGGGGACCGUGGGUGCCGUUGCCCUGGACUGCUGUGGAAACGUGGCAUACGCGACCUCCACGGGAGGCACCAGCAACAAGAUGGUGGGCCGAGUCGGGGACUCCCCCUGUGUAGGAUCUGGAGGCUACGCUGACAAUGACAUUGGAGCCAUUUCCACAACGGGCCACGGGGAGAGCAUCCUGAAGGUGAAUCUGGCCAGGCUCACUCUCUUCCACGUGGAACAAGGAAUGUCGGUCGAGGAGGCUGCGGACAAGUCGCUGGGUUACAUGAAGUCACGGCUCAAUGGCAUCGGCGGCGUCAUCUUGGUCAGCAAAGCCGGCAACUGGGCGGUGAAGUGGACCUCGGCCUCCAUGCCCUGGGCGGCCGCUAAGGACGGCAAGGUGCACUGUGGAAUCGAUCUCCACGACACCACCAUCACCAACCUGCCCUAAGCCCCCAGGAGAUUGUGUUCCAGCUGCUCACUUGGAGGCAAAGCACAGCCUCCCUCCCGGUGUGGAGACUCCGUCUAAUCAAUUAGAUCUAGAAGUGGAAAAAUCAUGCAGUCUGUCACUCGUUUUGUUACCCUGAUCAAUAAGUCUUGGAAUGUCUGGCUGAGGGGCGGAUUCUGAAGGGCUGAGAGAAAUGCCCCGUGUUAAAAGCAGGAUUGAGACCAGCAGAUAGGACAAACCACUGAGCCCGCCAGAGGUCCGAGAGGGGGAGUGGUAUUUCCUGGCAGAGACUGGGUCCGUGCCGGAAGUGCCCCUGCAGUUGGGAGGCCCCCGGCGGAGACAGGAGCUGGAGGCUGGAAAGGUGGGCACAGAUGUUCCUCUGGAGUCAGCAAAGGGGACAGGCCGGGGGUGUGAGAAUAAGAAUGGGACAGAGGCAGAAGUCCUCAGAGGAGGCCAGAGAACUAGGAGAACAUGGGAAGGCUCUGAGCUGCUGCUAAGCUGACUUUUCCAAGACAGCUCAGGCCUCCUUUGACUCACUAAGGUAGUCGUGAGUCCAGAUAUUCUAAAGGCCCCACUCCCUGCCCCGUAUCUCAUAAUUUACUAGUCUGGAGAGGAGGUCAUUACGGGGGCUUGGAGUCAGGGUUUUCUGGGGCUCAAAGCUGUUGUACCCACUCAUUGUGUGUCUGUCUGUGGUCAGAGCUGACCCCCAGCUGGGUCAUCGUGGUGACCCACGAAUUAGGGCUCUCCUGUGACAGGAGGGGCCAGUUGAUGUGGAGGUGACUCUCAAAGUCCCCAGUGCUGUGGACCCUCCCUGCCCCCUGUGACCUGGGUUUGUAGCAAAGAAAGUCAUUUCCUUGAUGGAGAACAUUCCUAUUGAUCUCUCUUGGCACUAAAAAUGGUGUUUCUGCUGUGAUGCAUCUGCCUGUCAGGGCUUACCUUGCUCUCUGGAAAGAAAUUGCUGAAGUUUAAAUUCCAUGUGCCACUAAUAAAAUGUAUUUUGAAAGAA